AUGGAUGGGAAUUCAUCUCAAAAAGUUGUUGUCACUCCUCCAACUAAUAGCAAUUAUAAUACAAGUUCAGAUAAUUCGUUGGUUAUACAUGAUGAUGUUGACACAUUUUUCUUAUCUCAAUCAUCCGGAUUAUCAGAAGAUAGUGGUAGUAUAGUGUCUUAUCCUAAUAGUGAUGUUAUGAAUUCAUUAGUAGCUACACCUGAAAUUUCAUAUCAAGAUGAACAUGAACGUAAAGUUCCAAUCAUGCCAGCUCCUGUUGAUGAAAAUGAAACUGAUCCACCACCAAUUUUUAUUAUUAAUAAUGAAUGUUGA